AUGAGCAACCGGCGGAAGAAAAAUGAACGCCCUGAUCACGAAAUGCUCCUACCGCUGAGCGAAGAGGAGGAUAAGCACGACAAAAGCGAUUUACGUGGAGAUUGGGGCAACAUUGCCAUACUAUUUUUUCUGUAUCUCCUGCAAGGCAUUCCCAUCGGGCUAGCUUCGGCGAUACCGAUGUUGUUGCAGAACCGAGGUGCAAGUUAUAAGCAGCAGGCCGAGUUUAGUUUUGCCCAUUGGCCGUUCAGCUUAAAAUUACUAUGGGCGCCGAUAGUGGACUCGCUUUUCUGGAAACGGUUUGGUCGGCGAAAAUCAUGGCUUAUUCCAACUCAAUAUCUGAUAGGAGUAUUUAUGCUUAUUCUAUCACUCCACGUUAACCGCUGGCUUGGAACAGAAAGCAACGAUCCCGAUAGUCAUUCCACUGUCGAAAGUAGCACGCUCAACAUUCCUCUCCUGACAGGCAUAUUUUUCAUGUUGAACUUUUUGGCUGCUACCCAAGACAUCGCUGUUGACGGUUGGGCUUUGACGAUGCUCAAACGCUGCAAUGUGGGACAUGCGUCAACGUGUAACAGUGUAGGCCAGACGGCGGGUUAUUUCCUCGGAUAUGUUGCCUUUAUGGCGCUGGAAUCGGCAGAAUUUUGCAACAGCUAUUUACGCUCAGAACCUGCACCCCAAGGCAUGGUCAAUCUGUCUGGAUAUCUAUGGUUCUGGGGAUUAAUUUUUAUCGUGACAACGACGCUAGUAACUUUUGGCAAACGUGAACUGUCGCCUAGCCUUGACCGAGGCCACGAGGAACACUUGGAGCUGGACAUAAAGCAAACAUAUCGGCUUCUGCUGGAUAUUAUUAAGAUGAAACCAAUUCUAACGUUGGUGGUGAUACUGUUAACGGCUAAGGCGGGUUUUGCCGCCUGUGAUGCUGUCACUUCUCUAAAGCUAAUCGACGCUGGCGUACCUAAGGACAAGCUGGCGCUUUUAGUGGUUCCAUUAGUCCCGCUGCAAAUCGUUUUACCGUUGGCAAUCAGCAAAUAUACUGCCGGAACGCGCCCAAUGGAAAUUUACCUGAAGGCGAUCCCAUAUCGGAUAGGACUCACACUUGCUGCAGCCGGAAUUGUGUGGCUAACUCCUACCAUCAUUCGCGAUCAUCAUGUUCCGUAUUACUACUACAUACUUUUGCUGACCAACUACGGUCUCUAUCAGAUAGCUCUCUACAGCAUGUUUGUCGCUGUGAUGGCGUUCUUUGCCAGGAUCAGCGAUCCCGCCGUCGGGGGCACCUACAUGACGUUAUUGAACACUCUGAGCAACCUCGGUGGUAAUUGGCCUACGACAGUCGUGCUAUGGUUGGUUGAUUAUCUGACCUGGAAAAAUUGUUCCAACGCUUCCGAAAAUGACUGUUCCGAUGAGAUGCUGAAAGAUGUAUGUACUCGGGGCGGAGGCGAAUGUGCGAUUGCUAUUGAUGGGUAUUAUAUAGAAAUAUUUGUUUGCCUUUUGUACGGGCUUGUUUGGUACCGAUGGGGAACCAGUAAAAUUCGUCAGCUACAGGAACUUCCGCUCAAAGCGUGGCGCGUAGCGCGAAAAGUUCCACGUAUGCAUAGCAGCUAGCAAUCAAUGCAUUUUAUAUGACAAUUUCAUGUAUCUGUAUGAUAAGAAAACAGAACAAACAUGCUACAAAAACCGCAAACGAUAAUGAAGAACUACGAGUAAAAAAUAGCGCUGCCAGAUAAGACGUUACUUUUUAUUAUUUAUACACAAAAGAGUACGCGUCAAUUUGAACAAUCUGAAAUUGUUUUCGUAUAAAAUACAAUAGCACAAAUGGCUCCUUAAGAUUUGGAAAGAGAAACGAAGAACAAUAGUAAUUUUUGUAUAGUUUGUAUUUUGUGGUUUUGUUAGUAUUUUUUUUCAUUUUUUCCUCGUUUGGGAAAGUUUCUUGCUGGCAUAAGGAUAUAAUGAUUGAAUAUAUCCAUAGCGCAGGGAACUGCUAAUUAAUACGAGUUGUGAUGUUUUAAACCAUUGCAUAUUACAGUAGUAGCA